AGCACAAGUUACCACCACGGCGGCCUCUAUGCUGACGCCAGACGGCGGCCAGCCAUCGGUAGGGCAGCCUCGGCAUGGGUCCGGGAGCAUUGGCCGCCGCCCGGGGCCCCGGCGUGGGAUCGGGUCGACUCAACGGGCCAUCUCAACCGCAUCAUUGGGUAC